AUUUUGAAAUGUCGCUUCAUUGUGGAAUUCUGGCGCUCGAGUUCAAGCGUCGGUUAAACAACUGAGUUUUGUUUUGAUGUGCUUUGUCUUUAUGUGUGUUUUAUUUUAAUGCGUGCUGUCUAAAACAUUAUAAAACAUCAUUAUGUUGAAGAGAAGAAGCAGCUCGAGUAGCGGGAAAAGCAUCAAAUCUCGCCGCAGCAGCUGUAGCACUGUCGCAUUUGAUGAAUUUGGCUUUGCACUCAGUAAGAAAAGAGACAGGAAGCUUCUUCACAGAUGUCACGAAUACAGCUACCCUCAGCCCAAUCCGGUUAAAGUGAAGGAGUUGUGUGAAUUUCUCAGCUACUGGAAUGGAUCCAGCUUCAUCUGCAGAAGUCAGAUCGAGAGGUUUAUUCGUAUCGGCAUUCCUCCGGCUAUACGCGGAAGAGUUUGGAAAUGUCUUUUAAACAUAGACAGUCUCAAAGCAGCCAGCUCAUUUGAUUAUGAGGGAUGUCAGGCUGAAAUUCGCAGGCCUCUGGUUGAUCUUGGAGUUAGUGAGUACAGUAUCAUUUCUACCAUAGACUCACUGGUGGAUACGGAAAAUGAAAUCAGCAGCGGUUCAGGUUUUCCCAGCCCUGACCUGACCCUCUUCAAACAGAUCGCCCUUGAUCUACGAAGGUCAUUUCCAACCCAUCGUACUCUAAUGGGAGAUCGUCCUGAGGCUAUAGAGGGCCAGGCCAAACUCUUUAGGGUUCUUACCGCAUAUGCCAGAUAUAAUCCCCAGAUCGGAUAUGUCCAAGGGAUGUCCUACAUAGCUGCAGUUCUCCUGAUGAUCCUGUCUGAAGAAGAGGCUUUCUGGGCUAUGGUAGCUCUGCUAGAAAAGCAAAAGUAUCUGUCAGAGCUUUUUGAUUCUUCUGUGAAGAAGAUAGAACAUCAAGCUUUGGUUUUUCAUCAGCUCCUGAAGCACAGAACACCUCUACUCUUUCAACAUUUGGAGACUCUUGGAGUGUCUUCUCUGCAUUUUAUCAUGCAAUGGUUCCUCACUCUCUUUACCUCUCUGCCAUGUUGGGACUCCGUGUUGGCUAUCUGGGAUCUUAUCAUGCUUCAUGGGCUGCAGGCAGUUUUUCGCACCGGUCUCACCAUCAUAGCGCUCCUGGAGUCUCGUAUCAUGAACAUGACAGAGGAGGCCACGGUUCUUCCUGUUCUUCUGCGAGUGCCUGUAGACAUCUCCCAGCAUUGUGUCCUGAUCCCAGCGCUCUGGAACACUGAGGUUCAGGAAUGGGAACUCAACUGCAUGAACCGUUUGGUCCUGGAGGAGAUGAGCGGAGGACAAGACACAGAGAAAGUUGAAAAAGAAAAUCUUCAGGGCUGUGAGACUUUGCUCAGUGCUGGAAAAAAAGAUGACAAACCCUUACAAGAAGUUGCCCACAAGACCUCCAAGAAAGAGGCUCCAGGCACUAGGAAUGUUUUUGCACGACUUCUGAAGGUGGCUCAGCACAUUUUGGAAACUGGGAAGAUCGCUACAACCGUCAAGUCUUCUCCUGCCAAGAAGAGCUCCGCCCUCGCCCGUCUCCCCAAAACCAGAACCUCCACUUCCUCCCAUACACAGCCUCGCACCAGGAGAAGCAGCAGUAGGCGUUCCCAGAAUUCCACCGUGGGUGUGGUCAGGAAAAAUCGACUACCUUCGCAAGAUUCAGACGCAUGUGCCAGUGAAGACAGCCCGAGCUCUUCGGUAAUGCGACUAAGGUCAGGACCUGUGGGAAAAGUAGCUCGCAGGAGAAGUCGAGGUCACUCGGGACGGGGAAACUCCCUGGUGUUCAAGAACCAAAGCUUGAGAUCUCAACAACCGUCAGCUGUAACGUGUGUGCAACCAGAAAACAACCAGAAUAAUGAUUGUCAAGAUACUCAAACCAGGUCUGGACAGUGUCCACCUCUGACGGAGGGAAGCCACAUCACAUGUCCUACAACAGCAAAUCAAGUGCGAGAAUCACAACUAAUUUAAGACAACUUGUGAAGCUUCAAGGAACAACAUGUGCGUACCUCCAAACUUCUCAAUGAUCAUGAUCACAACACUUUCGGACUAUUAAAUCAGACCCUGUCUUAAUUAAUAUAAAGCAUCCCGACCAUGGUCUACAAACAUGAUGCACUACAAACACAGCAAUGAAUGUGGGUAUAGAAAUGUAGGAUUUUUUAUGGAUCUUUUGUAAUUAUGUGUAAACUUUUUUUGUAUUUUAUUGUAGCAUUUAAUUAAAGAUAAAUAAGACACUU